AUGUUUUCAUUGAAUCAAAGAUUUCAAACAGUAAUCAAUGCAGCUAUCACAUAUGCAAUAUUUAUUAUAUUUCUAAUCAUAACAUUGUUCCACUUCCAACUCUAUGUCGAAAACAAUAUUACUGAAACAGUUAAAGUUAAUAAUUUAAAUAUCAUUAAGCCUAUUUUAAACCUAAGGACAAGUAGAAUGUUUGGUGGAAGUGGAAAGUUUCCAAAGGAAAAUUUAAGAAUCAAAUUCGAUUUAAAUACUGAUUUGUCUCCAUUAUUUACCUGGAACACUAAACAAGUAUUUGUGUAUUUGACUGGUGCUUACAACAGUACUAGCACUUCUUCCUCUGAGGUUACAUUUUGGGACAAGAUUAUUACUGAUAAGAAAAAUGCAGAUUUGGAUUUGCAUGCUGUUAUGGGCAAAUACUCAGUUUGGGAUAAACAGAAUGGAUUUAGUAAUAAAGAUUUACAAUUGAAAUUACACUGGAAUAUUCAACCAUUCGUGGGUAAUUUAAUAUUUGGUGAAGCUGUCAUGAGUAACAGUGGUGACAUUUUGCAUAUACCAGCAAAGGAGCAAAUAACUAAUGGAACAGCUUAA